AUUAACAAAAAUAACGAAGAAAUAAAUAACGAGAUGGAACGUGCGAUUAUGUUACAACAUUUGGAAGUUCUAAUAUCGAAUUUAUCGGAAUAUUUGAAGAAAAAAAAUGAGACCAACGAUGAAAGUGAACAAUUACCCAAAAAAACAGAACUUGAAACACGAAACAGAUUACCAAAACGUCACGCAAUUUCUACUGAUGGAUGUUUACUGACGGAAGUAGUUCCUGCAGCAGUAACAUCGGUGUCAUCUUCAUCUGUAUCAACAUCGUCAUCGUCAUCGUCAUCAUCAUCGUCAUCAUUUAGUUUUCCAACGCCUUUACCACUGGAAGUUUUGAAACAGAUACAGUGUGCUACUGAAGCGAUCGAAUAUGGACAUCCUCAUCUAUUAAGUACAAUAGUUCACGAAAUUUUAUGUGAAACAAAAAAGCUGCUGCAUUAUCUGUUGCACGCAUUUCUCAAUUUGUUGAGUGAAAUCACAGUUGGACCACGUAUUAAUUUAUUGGAAGCAGACGCUGGUUCGACUUUUGUUGAGUUCUUAGAUCGUGCCCCAGUGAUAGUGGAAGAAUUGUUGAAAGAACCACGACAUUUACUCGCUUUACCAGAGAUUCUAAUAACUGCUAUACCAUUAGAAGAUAUUAUUCUGACGAUUAACAGAUUGAAGGAAGAUUUUCUAGUUCUCCUGGAACGUUUGUAUCCAGUUUUUUCUCAACUAUUUGAAAAACUGCUCGUAUUACUGGGAAAGGAAGUUGAAAUUUUUGUAUCUUUCAUCGAUGCACUCAAGACGACAUUCUUAAAUUUUAUCACGAGUUCCACUUCGAGUGCCGAUACAUUGCUGAUUGAUGUGCAGGAUGAACCGGUCUUUAUUGAUACGGUUAAGGCCGUUUACGAUGGUUACCAAGCAUCUGGUAUCCAAGAAAUAUUUUUAAAUAGUCAAUCUUCGGAUUCAUCAUCGCAACAAGAAGAAAUCAUACCCGUGAUACCGCUAUCAUCGCAGUCAACUAGUUCAGAUGCUGUAACCACCAUGGUCUUACCCAGAAACAAAGUUAUCGCCGCUAUUGGUAACCGUAAUCUUGUACCAGGCGACAUCGUUCUCAUGACUUUGAAGUCAAACAAAACGUACUUCAGUCGUGUCACCGAUGGAGUCAGUCCAUUGACAUUCAGCUUUCUUAAACCUAAACUGGUUCCAGAAGUUUUCAAUACUUUCGGCAGAAUUUGGAGACUCGUUCCAGGAGAUUUCAGGGAUAUAAAUUGUGAAUCUCUUUUCAAUGAAUAA